GUUGCGGUCUGGUCUGCUCAUAUGGUGGGUCUGCAGCCAUGUAGGAAAUCAACUGUUAAAAUCAACAGUUGAAAUGAUUAGCAGCCUGCAUUCGUGGAAUUAAGGGCUGUGUUUUCGGUAACAUGAGAAAUGCAUCCCCCCUAAAACUUGAUUGAUUGAAUUUCAUGAGAGGAAUAGAAGCCCUACACCUUAGUUCUACACAUUGGGUCAGUUGCCCACUGUCAUAUGCAGUGUUUUUUUCUUUUUUUUUUUCUUUUUCUUUUUCUUUUCGUUGGGGAGCUAUGACUUACAUCAAAGAGUUUUGCUAGUCCUACUUCUGUCCUGUUAUCCAUUCUGAGAUGUUAUUGUUUGGUCUGAUUUUUCAUCAACUUUCUAACACAGCCAUAGAUUUUAAUUGAAAAAAUUAGGAGAAAUCUUUCUGUCACUCUCUAGCCACGUGGCUAUAUAUUUUAUUUCUGUGACUGUUUAGCUGAGAUGUGCGAGAGAACUAUGGUUUUGGAAACAGCAACUCGGGAUACUACUCCCGUUGGUAUGUGGCCUGCCAAUGCUGCGGAGGUUCCAGAGCAUAGAAUCCUCUGUCGUGCAGCUACUGUAUGAGAGGUGAGUUAGAGGGGAAAGAUAUUCUUACUCUAUUUCCCGUAGCUGUCAUAGAGGUCACCCCAAAUCUUGUUUGGUGCGCGUACUUUGAGGUUGAAAUAUCAAGUCUUUACUGUGAUUCAGGUGUAAUCGGGGUGAAAUGUCCUUUUGACUCUUUUUAAAGACUGGACGGUCACAGGUGUCACAAAUAUGUUGCUGGGCUGUUAAUCAGUUCGAACACUAAAAUCACAUUAAUAGAAUGAUAUGAACUAUUCAAACAUUGGCCAUAUAAAUGGAUAGUUGUGAGUUGCUCGUUCAUGAUCCUUGCGUUUGUGGCCCACCUGAGGCUCGGGAUUCCUUCAUUUUUGGCCAACAUUUGGGAUAUUAAAGCCGAUUUAAUUAAUCAAAUUUAAGGUCCUAUAAAUAUAUUAAAGAAUUCCAAUGUAUUUCACAUACAAGCUCCCAAAUGAACUCGUUAGUUUGCUGGCUUUGGAUAACUAGCAUGCUAGUGUUGGUAGAGAUCAACUUGGACAUGGAUCUUAUAAAUUGGAACCUACAUAUUUAGUAAAAAUUUAAAACAUCAGAACACGGAGGGAUCCUGGCUAACUCAACUAGGAAAGAGACGUGGAGAAUCUUAGAUGGGCAGCCCUUAAUUCUUCCCGAGAGGAAUUGUAGGUGUUAUUAACAAUUGUGCCUUUGGCAUCUUGCUAACUCAACUGCUAGAUAUCUUAAUUAAGCUUACACUCCUUAUGGAGGCCCUCAUCAAAUUACUUAUUUUAAAAUUUAAUGGAAAUGAAAACAUGAAAAUAAAAACACCUACUGAAAAUAAAAAGAUCUUUAUAUGUCAUCUAAUAAAAAAGGAUACUUAGAAUUAGAGAACUGAAAGUAAGAGAACAACAAUAAUAAUAAUGGGUGAAGGGAAUCUUGGAUCAGAUUCACAAAAAUGACAAAAAGAUCUUGAAAAGAUUGUGCAAUCCCACAUUAGAUAACGUCAAAAGAAUGAUCAAUGUCAGUGAGGAAAUGAAAUUCAGGGUUUAUCCUGAAAAUAUGUUUGCCUUUUCAAUUGAGAUGGAUGAUCGUUUGAAUGAAAAAGAAUGAUCAAUGCUAUUCAGGUAUACUGUCUCCUGCUUUGGCGGACAAAUGCAGAGGAAAUUGCUGCAUCUUUUGUUCAAAGAUGAGAAAUACAUAUUAUAUUCGACAGUACAAAAAAUAUACAGUGGAACAAUAUAAAGAAAGAACACGAUAAUCUCCUUACACAUGGAAAUCCAAUUCAAAUAAAUACACGUGUUGUCAUUGGAAGCUUGUAUUUCAAAUACUAGCAUUCUGAAUCAAGGUGAUUGGGAAUAAAUUGAUUCUGAAUCCCUCAUGCGUAUUUAGCAACUUGUAUUAGAAAUCCCUGUAGUUAAAAAAUAUUUAUGCAUUGAAUUUUUUAAAUUUGUUUAUAAGAGUUUGAAUUUAAUUACUAAAUCAACUUUAAUAUCCCAAUGAUAUGAUAUAAUGAUUGUAACAAACCUAUUGUAGAUUUUGAAUACCCUCCAAUCCACGCUUACAAGCUACCUUCGAUCAAAAUAAAUACCUCUAACACGUAAGCUAAAAAAAUAAAGCAGUUUCAAUGCCACUGAAUGCCGCUGCCCCAACCUUCUUGGGCUCACGAGUUUUGAUUAAGCUGAUAUUUGUAUUUUACCUUCAUCCCAGGGGGAAUCACCGUAUGAACGGAUUGGAUGAGCUAUAAAAAUCUGGGCCCAGGAAGGUUUCAUGGUGGGCAUUUUCAUCCCCACUAUUUGUGGAAUGGCCCACUUGAGUUUUAGAUCUGCCUCAUCUGUGGAUCAUGUCCUUAACAUCAGCUGGAACGACGGAUGGACGGAGUAGAUAUAACGACGUGGAUGGCAUAGUGGGCCCUGUAGAGCUUUUGGUUACACGGUUGUAGGAAAUUCGCGUCCAAUUAGCCUUUCGUAUAAUUUGAAAUUUGAAUAUGUGUGUCCACUUGCAUGAUCGGUUUGGUUCGAUCUCUGAGACAAGACAUCGGUGGAAAUGGCCUGAUGAGCGGCACUUGUAUCACACGUGUGUGCCUCGGAUCCACGUGCGGGCACUUAACAAGCAUUCCUCAACCCCACGGAAGAUCAAAGCGCUGCAAAACACUUCCCGUACCGCCCGAAAAACAGCAAACAUGGAAAAUACACCUCCCGUUGGGCCAUCCACAGCGUCUCUGAGGUGGGCCAUCCUCCGCCGGGCGUUCAUCUCUCCUCGUCUUUCUUCUUCCCGAUCAGAUCGUAUAUCUCAAAUGGAUAUAAAGUCAAUUUCUCGGAAGGCAGCAUGUGGCUUUAACCUAAUUCCAUGCCAUGUCCUAAAUGGGCCUGCAAUAGAAGAAACUUCGCUGAAAGUAAAAGAUUUGGAUGGUCAUAGAGAUGCUUGUAUGUGCUAUGUGUUACCAAUGGGCAGGACUACAAGACUUGUUUUGAUCCAAAGAGGAGAGAACCAUGUCAACCUCAAUGAUUUUGAGAUUUGUAGCAUAUAUGACAUUGACAACACAGGGCUUGUUUGUCGUUGGCCGUCAGAGGAUGUCCUUGCCUAUUUUUGCCUGACUCAUGCAGACAUGUUCAGGUCAAAAAGAGUCCUUGAACUUGGAUCAGGGUAUGGAUUAGCUGGGUUAACUAUUGCAACAAAUACAGAUGCCGUUGAGGUUGUAAUAUCUGAUGGGAAUCCUCAAGUUGUUGAUUACAUUCAGCGUAGCAUCCAUGCCAAUACCGAACUUUUCGGUCAUACAGAAGUGAAGCCUAUGACAUUACAUUGGAAUCAGGGACAAGUCUCACAAAUGUUGAACACCUUUGAUAUCAUCGUUGCAAGUGACUGCACUUUCUUCAAGGAAUUUCAUGAAAGCCUUGCACUUACUGUCAAAUCCUUGCUAAAGCAUUCGGACACUUCUGAGGCCCUAUUUUUCAGCCCAAAAAGGGGUGAUUCGCUUGAAAAAUUUCUAGAGAAAAUUGAAGAAAUUGGAUUGCGUUUCCGUGUGAUUGACAACUACAACACCAGAGUAUGGGAGCUUCAUCUGAAGUACCUAAGUGGUGACGAUUCUUCCUGGCCCAACUAUGAUGCUGAUCACUGCUACCCUUUACUGGUCAGAGUCACCUUCUGAAUAUAUGGAAUCUGCUUUUGCCAUCCCGAAUUGGCAUGGGAGAGUCAUUCACCUCACAAACCCCACCAAAAUAGGAAAUCUUAUAGCUUUUGAAGCAACUUGCACAGGCAUUUUUGAUACUUUUAUCCCAUCUUCUGUGGAGAUGCAUUAUUAAAAUUCCCACUGGUAUGUGCAUUUUUUUAGGAGGGAUGAUAUUGGUUUGAGACAUCAUCAAUGAAAGUUCUUUUCUUGGUGGGACCCACAUCCCGUUAUCACCGGCCUGCUUGAUCGCGCCAUUCGAAAAGUCAAAUUGAGUGGACGGCCGCUUGGAUGUUGCUAUUUUUCUCCUCUAUCAGCAUCUUCACUUUUGUUUGUUCAAUUGCCUUUAGAUUUAAAUUACAUACAUUGAUCAUUUCACUUUAGAUUUUAAAGGAAUAUGAAAUCUUGAGAGUUGAAUAAAUGGGCCAUCUUUCAAAGUAUCCAUCAUAGGGUUUUAGACAAAAACUCCACAAUAAGUCACUUUUUGCUUUUGUUUGUACUGCCAAUCAUGUGAAGAUGUCCAAAAGAAAAAAAAAAUUAUACUUUUUUGUUCUCAAGAGGAGCCAAGUUCCCAUCAUAGUAGUAAUAUUAAUCCAUGAGCAAUGACCCAAACAAGCAUUGUACAUGUAUGUGAACUUUUAACUUACAAUCCCUAUCUAUUCUGGCAACAGGUCACAUAACAUGUAGGACAUUCCAUCCGUGCGAAAGAUGGGCCACAAGCAGAUCACCUGCCUUCAAAUCAGGCAGAUAGCUGUGCAUUAAGUGAGAUCAUUGGCUGCCCUUUUAUUUCUAACCCGUGGUCUGCUUGAUUAAUGGAGCAGCCUGAUUUUCACCCCAGAUGAUCUUAUUGGUGCAAUUUGUUUUUGUAUGGUUCAGAUGAUCUUGAUGCUGUAAAGAUGAGGCUGUGUGAAAGUUCAGCAUACAAUGCAUCUAUGGGUUUAUCUCAUAUAAACAAUAGUGGGUGUUAUCUUGCAAUUAGCUAGAAUGAUUAGUAGCCACCAACAACAUGGUCAGGAUCAUGGGGUGAGGUUUAUCCACAUUGAGGUCCACUAGAUGAAUGGUCUGUAUCGCCCAAUAGUGGGUCCUGCUCCAAAAGCUGUUUUCCUUGGUCAGGGAUAGUACAUUUCCUCCUAAAGAGUUGCAUGUGAAAUGUCCCGGACUAGGCAAAAUCAGUUGCUUUGGUCCUACUACUUUCACCUACCCACCACACUCACUGGUUGAUAGAAGUUCCAUCCUUUUUAAGGACAAUGACGGAUUACUUGGAGACCCGGUCACCAGGGCUAUCUGACAUUGUGGGCCCAUCGUGAUUUAUGUGUUUUAUCCAUGCCGUCCAUCCCAUUUUGCCAGAUCAUUUUACAGCAUGACCUGAAAAAUGAGGCAGAUCCAAAGCCCAAGUGAACCACACCAUAGGAAGC